CCGCGGAUUAACGUCAAAGAAAAAAAAACUGCUUUGACAUCUAUCUUUUGUUUACGAUUUCCCGUAGGCUGAAAGUUUAAAGAAAAAUAUGGCUGAACGAAAGUCACAGAACAAGUAUUACCCACCUGACUGGGAUCCAUCCAAAGGGUCGAUUAACAAAUAUGUGGGCCAGCAUCCACUGCGAGAUAGGGCCAAAAAGCUGGGCCAGGGCAUCCUUGUCAUCAGGUUUGAGAUGCCCUACAACAUUUGGUGCGGUGGCUGUGGAAACCACAUCGGCAUGGGGGUCCGUUACAACGCGGAGAAGUCCAAGACAGGCAUGUACUACACAACGCCCAUCUACAAGUUCCGUAUGAAGUGCCAUUUGUGUGACAACUACUUUGAAAUACAGACAGAUCCAAAGAACCAUGAUUAUGUUAUUCUUGAGGGUGCUAGAAGAAAGGAGCAAAGGUGGGACCCAAAAGAAAAUGGACAAAUUGAAACCGAAGACAAAGGUAUCAUCAAGAAGAUGGCAACAGACGCCAUGUUCAAGCUGGAGCACGGUUCAGAUGAUGUCAAGAAGGGUCAGAGGUCAGCGGCCACAAUGUCCAGCCUGGAGCAAAAGAGGGACGAGUGGAGAGAUGAUUACUUGCUGAAUAAACUAGCCAGGCAGAAGUUUAGGGAAGAAAAAAAGGCCCACAAGUCAGAGCAAGACGUGGAUGCAGCACUGCUGGCAAAGUCGUCACUAGAAAUCCCACUACAGAAAAAGACUGCAGACGAUGUGAAACUGGCAUCUCUGAUCAAGUAUAGGGCUUUAGAAUUCUAUGAUGAGCGACAGGCCAUUAAAAGAAACAGUCCACUAUUUGAAAAGAUCAAAGUCCCUAAACUUAGCAGUCCAGAGGAGAAAAAGUUAGCAAUCAUCAAAGAGACUCUGAACUCCAAAAAACAGAGCUCUCCAUUUGAUAGAUCCAUUAUGCCAGGGAUGACAGGCGUUUCCACAUUGUCCAAACAAAGCCUGGGUAUAAAGAAGAAAGUCAAAAGUGUUGGUUCCAAUUUUUCAUUUAGACGAAAUUCCAGUCAAUCAGAAUCCAGUAUAUCUGCAUGUUCAGAAGAAAGUAAUGAUGUGAAACAAGUCAACGACAGUGCAGUUGAAGAUUCUUCAGCAGGUGUUGAUGAAAGUAGCGUUGGUAACAGUUGUGUAGAAGGAGAGGGGCUUGACAAUUUUAAAAAUGCUAAUAAGUCUUUUACAGAAAUAACAACUGAUGCCAGCCAUGUUGUUGUAAAUAAUUGCAGAUUAAAUUCUGAUGAAGAAACUUUUACAGACAGGCAGCCAGACAAACAUGUGGAUACUAGUUCAUCAGACUUGAAGCUUGGUUUAUCUUCAGAGCAAUCUUCAGAAAAUCAGUGCACUGUUGAAAGACAAACUCUGGAAGGCAAAAACAAAUAUAAACAUGUUAGCAAUAAAGUGGAUGGUACUGUCUCUUAACCAGUAAAUGACUACACAAGAUGUGAUGCAUUGCAAAAGUCAAGUUUAAGUCUUAUCAGUGCGUACAUUGACUCUGAGUCUGAAUAAGUAAGGUAUGCAUGAUUGUUUUGCUUGUUAUGCUUUAUAGAAGAAUACAUUAUUGUCCCCUACCGGUUUCACCGGAGGGGACUUGUGGUUUUCGCUCUGUGUGUCUGUCUGUCUGUCUGUGAGUCUGUCACACUUUUCUGGAUCCUGCGAUUACUUUAAAAGUUCUUAAUAUUUUUCCAUGAAACUUGAAACAUGGAUGGAUGGCAAUAUGGACAUUAUGCACAGCAUUUCAUUUUGUUCCUAAUUCAAAAAUUUUGGUUGCUAUGGCAACAAAUAGACUAGAAAUAUUGAUGAAAAGGGUGGUUUUCUGGAUCCUGCGAUAACUUUAAAAGUUCUCAUUAUUUUUUCAUGAAACUUCAAACAUGGAUAGAUAGCAAUAUGGACAUUAUGCACGUCAUUUCAUUUUGUUCUUACGUCAAAAAUUCUGGUCGCUAUGGCAACAAAAAAAUAUACAAACAGGCCUUUUCCACCCUAUGCCAUGAGUCCGAAUUUCGGCCCCAUUCCCAAUGCAAAUCUGGUUGUUUUUUCCAAUUGAAAAAAAAACAACAACCAAAUUCCCAAAAAAAUAACAAAAUAUUUUUUUAUUUUUUUUUAAACCUUUAAAUAUAUAAGUUAACCUGAUCCAGUGUAGAAAUUAGAAAAAUAUUGCAUAAUUAAAUUAUCUGUCGCCCUGAAUUUGUUUUAAAAACAGUAAAAUAUGUAAAAUUGA